CAUAAAGCAGCAGCCGGCGCGCCGAGGAGGCUCUUUCCUGGGUGGGGUUUGUGAAGUCGUGGCCCGUUAGCAGGAAGCCGAGCCAGCGCCCAGAUUCUAGCAAGGGACUCAGCCCAAGCCUCCCGACUCCAGAGUCUACACACAGUGUGUCCUGCGCGAGCAGCCUCGCCCAACAGCUUCCAGCCAAACUUUCCCAACUCCGCCGCCUUUGUCGCCACUAUGCCCAAGACGAUCAACGUGCGUGUGACCACCAUGGAUGCAGAGCUGGAAUUUGCCAUCCAGCCCAAUACCACUGGCAAGCAGCUGUUUGACCAGGUGGUGAAAACUAUUGGCCUCAGGGAAGUCUGGUUUUUUGGUUUGCAGUACCAGGACACCAAGGGUUUCUCCACUUGGCUGAAACUCAAUAAGAAGGUGACUGCCCAGGAUGUAAGGAAGGAAAGCCCGUUACUCUUCAAAUUCCGGGCCAAAUUCUACCCUGAGGAUGUAUCAGAAGAAUUAAUCCAGGACAUCACACAACGCUUGUUCUUCCUGCAAGUGAAGGAGGGCAUUCUCAAUGAUGAUAUUUACUGUCCACCUGAGACUGCUGUUCUGCUGGCAUCCUAUGCUGUCCAGUCCAAAUAUGGGGACUUCAAUAAGGAGGUGCACAAGUCUGGCUACUUGGCUGGGGACAAGUUGCUGCCACAGAGAGUCUUGGAGCAGCACAAACUGAAUAAGGACCAGUGGGAGGAACGGAUCCAGGUGUGGCAUGAGGAACACCGGGGCAUGCUCAGGGAAGAUGCUGUACUAGAGUAUCUGAAGAUUGCCCAGGACCUGGAGAUGUAUGGAGUAAACUACUUCAGCAUCAAGAACAAGAAAGGAUCAGAACUUUGGCUUGGGGUGGAUGCUUUGGGUCUCAACAUCUAUGAGCAGAAUGACAGACUGACUCCAAAAAUAGGUUUCCCAUGGAGUGAAAUCAGGAAUAUUUCUUUCAAUGACAAGAAAUUUGUCAUCAAGCCCAUUGACAAAAAAGCUCCGGACUUUGUAUUCUAUGCUCCCCGAUUGAGCAUUAACAAGCGGAUCUUGGCCUUGUGCAUGGGGAACCAUGAGCUAUACAUGCGACGCCGCAAACCUGACACAAUUGAGGUGCAGCAGAUGAAGGCACAAGCGCGGGAGGAGAAGCACCAGAAGCAGAUGGAGCGUGCCCUGCUGGAAAAUGAGAAGAAGAAACGUGAGCUGGCAGAAAAGGAGAAGGAGAAGAUUGAACGGGAAAAGGAGGAACUAAUGGAAAAGUUAAAGCAGAUUGAGGAACAGACUAAAAAAGCUCAGCAAGAACUGGAGGAACAGACCCGCAGAUCUCUUGAACUUGAACAGGAGCAGAAACGUGCCAAGAGUGAAGCUGAAAAACUGGCCAAGGAGCGUCAAGAAGCUGAAGAGGCCAAGGAGGCCCUGUUGAAGGCCUCCCGAGACCAAAAGAAGACCCAGGAACAGCUGGCUAUAGAAAUGGCAGAGCUUACAGCACGAAUUUCCCAGCUGGAGAUGGCUCGACAGAAGAAGGAGAGUGAGGCAGUGGAAUGGCAGCAGAAGGCUCAGAUGGUACAACAGGACUUGGAGAAGACUCGUGCUGAAUUGAAGUCUGCCAUGAGUACUCCUCAUGUAGCAGAGCCUUCUGAGAAUGAACAGGAUGGACAAGAUGAGAAUGGAGCAGAAGCCAGUGCUGAUCUGCGGGCUGAUGCCAUGGCCAAGGAUCGCAGUGAGGAGGAACGUACCACUGAAGCAGAGAAAAACGAGCGUGUGCAGAAGCACUUGAAGGCCCUGACUUCAGAGCUGGCCAAUGCCCGUGAUGAGUCCAAGAAGACUGCCAACGACAUGAUUCAUGCUGAGAACAUGCGACUGGGUCGAGAUAAAUAUAAGACCCUACGUCAGAUUCGACAGGGCAACACCAAGCAGCGCAUUGAUGAAUUUGAAUCCAUGUAAAGGGCACUCAGCCUCUAGGAACAGCACCCCCCUGUCUCUUGCCUUCACACUCCUAUACUCUUGCCUAUCACUGUGCUGUAACCACUAAAGUUCUGGAGUCAUGCCCAGCAUUCAGUGCAGUCAUGGACCCAAACCCAGCCCUCAGCCCUCACUUACUUUUCCAGGUAGAGAGUUAACCCUACUUUAGUGACAAUGGAACUCCCUUUUUUAGUUUCUUACAAGAUACCACUUCUCCAACUCAAAGGCACUUCCCACUUGAUUCGGGAAACACAUAUCUAAUCUUGUUCUGCAGGAGCAUAAUAUGAAGUUAAUUAAUCCCUCUACGUUACUUCUCACUGCAAUCAUGUUUAGGGUUUUUUGAUUUGAGAAUUAGAUCAUCAUAGAGUUUGAAGAAAGAGAUAGCAUCUUGCAUAUGUGCUUUAGGAUGUCAACUGUCCUAGGAUUAAGGUUCCCAGUGUUUAUUCAUAUUACAGUUACUUGUAUAAUUGAUGACUAAAUAGAUAUUCAGUGAUUCCACAUCCUGAAUUGGUCCUGUUAAUAACUCAGUUAAAAUAAUCCAUGUCCCUGAUUUUUAGGGACUAGGUUUUUCUCCAUAUUAAGAUGAAGGAGACAGUUCCUUUUGUGUUUUCACCAACAUCCUAGAAGGUAAUGAUCCUUCUGUUUAUCCAAAGCUGGAUUAAAGAUCCUGCCUUAAUGCCUAAUGGGAAACUAGGACUGUUUCAAGUGUUGUCUGUAUGUAGGACUCUCUUCUGGAUCUCUCCCCUCUUUUUAGGAUUUGCUCCUUUUAUUCCAGUCCUCAAAUUCCCUUGGGUUAAAAUAGAUGCUUACUUUAAAAUUCAACCAGCCAUGUUCAGGAUACUUGCCUAAGGGAUGAAAUAUUCACAUUUUAUUUUGGUAUUUUAUUUUUACUGCCAAGUGUCCCAGGUCACUUCUCCAGUUAGAGAUAUUUGGGCAACAGUUCUUAUUGAGUUACGUGAUAUCCCUUGAUUAUUUUGGUGAGUGGGUUGAAGAAGCUAAGUGUAGUGAGAAUCCGAUGACUUAUAUCCCAUAUUUUCUUAAACCCUUUAAGUGCUUUAUAGAUCAUUGCUAUUGUCUAGUUCUCCCUCUCGGAGAACCUGGCAAGCUACCGAGAGUAUCUUGCCUGCAUGGCAGAGCCUGGCAAGCUUCCCAUGGCGUAUUUGAUACGCCAAUAACAGUAAAAAUGAUAGGUCUCAUUCCCCUGACCCUGAAAUAGCCUUCAGGUGGCACCACUGGGAAGGACGUGUAAAGAGAGCCUGCUAAAGUCUCAGGGCUAGGAUGAAUGGAGACAUUACUGGUGCCCGCUCGAGCAAAUCGAUGAACAGUGGGAUGACAGUGAUACAGUGACAGUGAUAGAUCACUGCUGCCAUUCCAUACAAGGUGGUGACUGAAUCCUUUCUCUGUAUGAGAAAUCUUUAAAACCAGGCCUUGCUGUUUAACUUGUCUUUCCCUGGGAACUAUUAACCAGAGAACUGUUGGGUAUUGUAGCUUGGGCUACAAUACAGUAUUACCAAAACUUGCCCUAAACUCACAUAUAGCCUCUUUCAUCUCUGUCUCAUGUGUGCUCUAUUUCUUUCUACCAGUAUUACAUAUAUAGUGCUAUCUAACUCUUUAUUGACCUCUGCAUUUCUUGCUACUUGAACCCUUGGAUUAACUCUUGGGGGAAAGGAUCAUUUUGGCCUUACCAUAUGUAUAUUAUAAAAGAAUACUUUGCCUAAAGCAUUCAUGUAAGACACUUUCCAUAUUAAUGAUAUCUCCUGUUAUGAUAGAUCAUGCAAUCUAUUCCUAAAGCACUAGGUAUUUGGUUUUAUUGCUAUUUACUAGUUUAUUGUCCCUAAAAUCCAUUCUCCUCCUGAGGGCCAUACUAUCCUUCCAAGUAGUGUUUUGAUUUCAGAAUCCAUUGGCUGGCUUUUGGGAGUCCUAUAUGCUUUGUUGUGAAUUAUAUUGAUAUUUCCUUGAUGACAUGCCCCAUAUUGACUAAAAUGAAGCCUGGAGUUUGGGGGCAAUUUAGCUGCUUUAAGGGCAAUUCCCAAUCCCAGGGAGGCUGGGUAGAAAUAAUAGAUUUUAUAUUCAGAUUUUUUGUGUAUUUUAGGGGGGAGGGUUAACAUUGAUUUGGGAGGGGUUUAUGUUCAACCCUUGUUAUAUUUCAGUGCCAAUAAAAUUUAGGAAG